AUGUCGCUCGAACAAAAACGAGAUUUCGUAGCUACCACGCUACCAGAUGAGAAAUCCGACGCAUCUGUCGGCGAAGUACAUGAUCUGGGCUACGAUACAGAGGCAGAAAAGAGAGUACUAAGAAAAUUCGACAAAUUCUUACUACCUCCUCUCGCCGUGAUUCUGUUAGUCGCCUAUCUCGACAGAUCAAAUCUAGGCAAUGCAAAAGUGUUUGGUUUCGAAGAUGGCAUUGGUCUUGUUGGCAAUCAAUUCAACACAAUCUCUACGCUCUUCUACCCAUUUUAUGUCCUGUUCGAAGUGCCCUGGACAAUGGCAGUCAAGCGAUUUGGUGCCAAUCACGUCCUUGGUGUUGCUAUGAUCGCUUGGUCGGUCAUAACUCUUUCCACAGGCUUCAUUCAGAAUUACUCGCAAGCAAUUGCGGUAAGAAUAUUGCUUGGAGCAUUCGAAGCUGGUCUAGUACCCUCGGUAGUAUUCAUCAUCAGUACGAUCUGGGAAAGAGAAAGACAGAGUAAGAGAGUUGCCAUUAUAUAUGGCGCAAAUUGCCUUUCAGGAGCAUUUGGCGGGUUGAUUGCUGUAAGUUCUGCCUAUAUCUACCUCUAUCUAUGUCAAGUAUGCUUACGAAAUGUAGNNUAUGGUAUCGAGAGUAUGGGUACGCAACGUGGCCUCGAGUCCUGGCGAUGGCUGUUCAUUGUCGAAGGAUCUAUCUCCAUUGUCUUGUGUGGUAUCUGCUGGGCCAUCCUGCCCAAGAAUGCCGAAACAGCAUGGUUCCUGAACGCCGAAGAGAAAGCUGUGAUGGUCGCCAGGAAACAACGCAAUCUUGUUACCAGAGGCACCGAAGAGUUCUCUUGGUCGCAUGUUCGUUUGGCUUUCACAGACCCGAUCAUCUACAUUGCUUCGGCCAGCUUCUUCUCAGCUUCUAUUGCUCUGUUUGGAUUUGGUACUUUCCUUCCAACUAUCAUCAAAGGACNNUUGGCAAACUACUUGACCAUCCCUGUAUAUGUCUUCGCGACCCUGACUCUCAUCACCGCAACUUUCACCUCCGACCGGCUGAAGAAAAGAGCAGCUGUCCUCGCCGUCCUGCCAGUCGCACCAAUCAUCGGCUACGUUAUCGCUUGCGGUACAGCCAACCAUGCAGCAGGCUAUUUCGCCAUGUUCCUGUGUGGCGGCGGUAUCUACAGUUAUAACUGCUUGAUCCUCACAUGGAUAUCGACUAACAUUGCUCCUGACUACAAGCGCAGCAUGGCUAUGCCGUUCUUUGUCUCGCUUGCCAACGUUUCGGGUGUCGUGUCUUCAUGGAUAUACGUCAGCACGGAAGCCCCUAGGUACUUGAUGGGUAAUGCUGUUAGUGCCGGUAUGGAGACGUUGGCGCUUUGUGGCGUUGUGGCUGUAUGGUGGACAUUGAGACGCAGAAACUUGGAGAAGGAGGAGUUGAGAGCGCAGGGUGUUGAGGACAACGGCAAGGACGGUGACCAGGCGCUGGAUUUCGUAUACAACCUCUGA